AUGAACCGACUCCAAAGCGCCAAGAGUCUGGCGUAUCGAGAUGCACGCGCCUGGCGUCGCGUAGCGCUUGACUUUGCCAAGAUCAAUGCGCUCUCUGCCAGCCGUGUCCAAAGCUUGGUCGCCGCUUCUCUUCGCGAUGGCCACGCUGGAGCCGAGAUCGGACGUCAGAUCGAGCGCGAGCUCGAAGAGGCAACCAAGACGGUCGCACAGCGUCGCAACUGGAUCCAACAGCAGGACCAGAAGGAUGCGCAGGCAGCAGCCCCUUUCAGCAUGCAGCGUAGCUUGGGCGAUGCCUGGGGAGACGUCUUUGACACUCAUCACACCGGGUUCUCCUUCGGAUCGCGUGCCGGCCGUCCAGGAUCCGAGCUCGGAGACUUUGGUCGAUGGAAGCCGAAACAUAACUUCCGACAUGACGCCGUUCCUCAAGAGACCGAGCCUGGGUCGGAUGCUUGGGCAGCAAAAUGCGAUGUUCCCACAUCGCCCGUGAAGCGUAGCGCUCAGCAGAAAUGGCAAAGAGUGGCGGGUCUCUCAGCAACUGCAGCUCCCGAGUCACCGACACUUUCCGCUAAGGCUCAAGCUCGUCCUCCACCGACAUGGGAAGGAGUAUUGGCUCACGAAGUGGGUGCGAAGUCUCAGGCCGAGUCUCGAGAGGAGUGGAUAGGUGACGUGGAUCGUGCCAUCCGAGAACGCGAUUCAAAGUCGUGUCAGUCUUCGAAGAGCUCCGAUCAAGCUGCUGUCGAUGCUUUCUCCCGCUUCGAAUCCGAGCCGUCGAUCGAUGCUGGAACUGGCGCUGCGAUCCGUGAUGCAGAAAGCGGACAAAGUGCAGUUGACGAGGAGGAUUACCUGCUUCCGGUGUCGGAUCUGUACAUCGCCACCAAUGGGCAAAUUCGCGACACGACAGCGGAGGUGUCGCUCAAGCGCCUCAGCGCCGGUGACAAAGCCAGCAAGACCAGAAUCGGAGCAACCAAGGUCAACACGACCGUCAGCGAUCCGGACAAAUACGCCUACCCGAUCUCGGACCAGUUUGGAGAUCUGCACGACAUCUUUAUCGCUGCCUGGGAUGGCAAUUUGACCGGGCUGGCUGGGUCCAGCCUCGCCGAAAUGGAGCCAGAGACUGAAGCCAAGACGACCAAAGCAAAGCCCAACAAAGCUCUAUUUGAGCAGCUGCGCGCCAAGAGUGUAAGGAAGGGCAUCACCGAGCCCAAUUUCAAUUCUGCCUCUGCUGAUGAGAUCGAAUUCAUGGCCGAACUCAUGUUCCCGUCCGCUACCGCCCAAGCCGUUACUGCUGAAUCUCACUCUUCGCCCGCGAAGCAUGAGACAACACCGGUUUCGAAUGCGAACGAGAAGGAGUUGGUCGACCAGCUCGACCGAAAACAAGCGGAGCUGGUGGGAUACAGGUACAAGAUCGAUGAGCUAUCGGAGCGACUAGAUACAAUGCGUGAAAUGUGCCACGACCUGACUGACGAAGCGUCCAGGCGAGAGAAGAUGCACAAGAUUCAGGUCGAGCAGCUGGACCACAAGAUCGGCCUCUUCACCGUUUGGGCAGAAGAGGUGCAGCGCAGGCUCGGUCUCGAGACGCCGCCCUUCUUCGCAUCACUGCGAAAGCCUCUCAAGCGCGACUGA